AUGGCAUCGACAACUACUACAAUCAGCGGUAUAACAGUUGAAAAUCUAGUUAAAUGUGCUAUAUGUUUGGAUUUUUACAAUGAUCCUCGUUAUCUUCCAUGUUCACAUACUUUCUGUUAUCAAUGUAUUGAAAAGUUGUGUACAGAAGGAAUUGGUCAAUGUCCUAUGAGAGACAAUACGUUUAUACGUCGAUCUAUAAUUAAUAAUUUACCAGUUAAUCGAAUAGCUAAAGAUCUUGUUGAAUGUAUUUACAAAUCUUCAUCGUCAUCACAAACAAAAUGUGAUCAUUGUAAAAAAAUUUUAUCCGAAUUUAUUUGUGAAACUUGUUCAAAAAAUUUUUGUACAAUAUGUCUUAAACUUGAACAUGAUAUAAAUCAAUUUAAAACUCAUUCAAUCAAUAUAAUUAUCAAUGAAAAUUUCAAUCAAUUUUGUCCAGAACAUAUUGAAGAAAAACAAAAAUAUUGGUGUAAUCGUUGUCAAAUACCUGUUUGUAGUGAUUGUCUUUUAUUUAAACACAAACAUCGUUCAUUUAUUACCUUAGAUAAUAUUUCACAGACAAUGAAAAUUCAACUUCAUUCAUCUGCACAACAACUCAAUUCAACAAAAGAAAUUCUUGAAAAAUUAAAUAAAAAAACUACAGAAGCUUAUCAUACUCAUUAUCAAACACAUAUUAAAAUAAAAAAUCAUAUUGAACAAACCAUAAAUCAAUUACAAGCUCUUUUAGAAGAACGAAAGAAAUAUUUAAUUAGUACAGUUACAAAAAAUGAUGCUGUUCAACAAGAAAUUAUUCAAACACAAAAAAGUAAUAUUGAAGAUCAUUUAAAAGCUAUUUUAAUCAGGCAAUUAUUUACAAAACAAAUUUUAAAAACUGAAGAUCUUUUUCAAUUAGUCAAAAUGAAGAAUGAUGUUAUCAAUUAUAAUCAAUUAAUUCAAGAACAAUGUGAUCAAUUAAUGUAUGGUUGCAUUUUUGAUCUUCAACAUUUUACUAUUGAUAGUAAUUUAUCACGCAUACAACGAACACUCGAAGACCUAGGUAGUUUAUCAACAGAAACAUUUUUAACUAAUAGCAUUGAUAUUCGUCCGUUACUAAAACUAUCGGAAUCAUAUGGUGAGGAAAAAUAUCAAGAAUUUCAAGGAAUUUAUGCUUAUGGUUAUCGUCUUCAUUUAUCUGUACCAUUAACAAUAAAUGCUAUACUAGUUAAAGUGGCAUCAUUCAAUUCUGAUUUAACUAUUUAUAUUUUGGAUCAUAGUGAUGUUCUUGUCCAGAAAGAAACCAUCAAGACAAGUGAUAAACAUUUAACAACAUUGACAUGGAUAACUAUUCCUAUUACCUUUCAACUUCAACAUAAUUAUUAUAUUUUCGUAUGGGCACAACCAAAUGCAGAAUCCUUAUCAUCAAUUGCCUACAGAGACUCUACUCAUAACUUACGUCAAAUCAAUCAACAUGUUUCGGUCAGAAGUAAACGUGCUCAAAUAAAUAAAUUAACAAAUAUUGAUAUUAAUACAAAGAUUAAUGUGCUCUAUGAUGCAUUUCUUUUUGAUGAUGAACGAAAUCCAACAGUACCAGCUAUUGAAAUGAUUCUAGAUAUUUAG